GAAUGAGGAAGCGCAUUGUUUGCAUUGCAUUGUUCGUUAUUUACAAAAAAUUUGCCGAACUGAAAAUAUUUUCACUGUUAUUACUAUUUAAAAUGCAAAAUAAAUAUACGCACAAAUUAUAACAUCAUGGGCAUCAAAGACCUGUGGAAUUUGCUUAUGCCGCACAGCGAAAAGAAACCUUUAUUUCACUUGAACGGCCAAGCGGUCGCAAUCGACCUUUCAGGCUGGGUGUGCGAAAGCUUGAACGUCGUGGAUUAUUUCGUUCAUCCGCGGUUUUAUUUGAGGAAUUUAUUCUUCCGUACUUACUAUUUGUUGCAAACAGGCAUCAUUCCAGUAUUUGUGCUGGAAGGUUCAGCCCCGCCUCUGAAAUAUGGAGUCAUUAUCAAACGAAAUCAAAUGCAGUUCCGGGGGGCGCGGCCAAGAAAAACGGCCAACUGUGACAAAACGGGUGCAACGCAAAAGACAAGCGCGGUUGAACCAAGGGCACCUACGGAGCAGAAGCGUAACCGUUUCCAUCACGUUCUGAAGCAAUGCGAAGAACUAUUGAGCUCGAUGGGCUUGGUUUGUGUUCAGGCGCCGGGAGAAGCGGAAGCCCUGUGCGCUUAUUUAAAUCACGACGGGUUGGUCUAUGGGGUGAUCAGUCAGGAUUCUGACUGCUUCGCCUAUGGUGCCGUUCGAGUGUUUCGGAACUUUUGCGCUUCGCAGACUGGUGGAGGCUCAGCGGAUUUCUACGACAUGGUUAAAAUCCGGCAAGUGAUGGAUGUGGGUCAGGAAAAGAUAGUGGCAAUGGGUAUACUGUCCGGUUGUGACUACAGUCCAGCCGGAGUACCGGGUGUGGGUAAAGAAAUGAUUAACCGAUUUUUGAGUAAUUAUCACAGUAGCGAGAUUUUGGGCAGGAUUCGAUCAUGGCGCAGUACAGCAGAUCGUCUGACCGAGCUUGAAGUGAAGGUUGAGGACAAAAAUGUCUGCUCAGAUUGUGGACAUCGUGGAAAAACAUUCGUACAUCGCCGGUCAGGUUGCCAGGAUUGCAGAACGAAGUCCGGCUGCGAUGAAUUUCGUUGGAAAAAUCAGCGGUCGAACAUCAAGGCUGAGUUGGAUAUCAAAAGAAAAGCUUUACAAGACCCUGAUUUCCCGCCAGAGGCAAUUAUUUGUGAGUUCAUGGAACGCAGAUGUGAACUACCCACGUUGGAUUUAGAGUGGAGGCAGCCAAACCUCGUGAAGUUUAUUCGUAGCAUUGCGAACCUUCUUCAGUGGGAUGAAAUCUACAGUUUUCUCAAAUUGUAUCCUCUUUUUACUCGGUGGCAGUUGCUAACUCUUAAAAAAGACCCAUCCCGUAGCAUCAACGUUAGACUGGAGCCGGAUUACAUCAAGAAAAAGCGUGCACCAAAAGGCGUUGCCAGCUACGAAAUUGUUUGGAAAGACGAAGGAUCAGUUUUCUCCGGAUUGAUCCCGGUCAAUCAACUUCAAUUGUACCUGAAUGAGCCGGGAAACACCAAAGAGUCUUUGUGGAGUACCAUUGAGCCCCAAGAUUUAGUGUCCGCGGUGUACCCUGAGCUUGUAGAAGCGUUUUUGGCCUCAAAGUCUAAACCGAAGAAAAAAGCGAAGAAAUCGCCCAAGAAGAAAGCGGAUGCGAAAACUAUCAAAAAAACAAAACAGAGACGGUUGGAAGAUCUUAUUAAUAUCGUGACUGGUGACGAUGAUCUGCAGCAGGAAGAAUUGGAAGAUGUCCUCAUGGGCGAACCAUUGGAUAAACCACCACGGUCUGAUAACACACAAAUGAAUCAGAAUGAACAUGCUAACAUGUCUGUGGAUUCCAAUUCGGAUUCUUUCUACUGGGAUCUAAUUGCAAAUGGUUCGGCGUGGGAUGAUGAAUAUUUGGAUAUCUCGCAAGUUGUAGAAAGCGUUUGUCAUCCUGACUAUGGCCGUGUCAAACCAUUCCCGGGGGCAAAAGAAGAAGAGGAAGACAGACGAAUAGAGCAGUUGUUGGCAAAGGCUCGUGCUAUGAAGCAAUUGCUAUCGAUGAGUGUUCAGCCAGAUGAACCAGUCUUCGACGAGGAAACCGAUAAGCCAAAUAUCGUUCAGCACAGGCUACUCUUGAAGCAGGACCUUCUCAACGAAGAACCAGAUUUGGCCAACCAAUCUUUGCUGAACAGAUCAGCGAAGCCUCGAAAACGUAAGAGUUUCUUUUUCGAAUCUAUUGACGUGCCGCCACCGGAGCUGCAGGAUGGUUACAACGAAAUGGACAUGUUUGAGUGUUCCAUUGCGCUUAAGGACCAAUUUGUGAUGCCAAUUCCGGACGAACUAAAUCAAACGAUUGUCUACGAUUUGGAUUUUUGAAUGUAAGUAAUGUUUAAUCAAAA